AUGUGAAUCAUGGGUCAGAUCAUAAUUCCAUUUGAGUUUUUCUGUUGUAUUUAUUUACUUUUUUAAAAUUUGUUUCAGGUUGAUUUGUUUAUUUUGUGUUGUGUUAAAUGGGGGUGAGAACAGGGGUGUUGAUGUUGAACAUGGGGGGACCAGCAGGGACACGAGAUGUCCACCCCUUCCUACUUCGACUUUUCUCUGAUCGAGACCUCAUUUCCCUCCCCUUUCAUAAAAAGCUUGGCCCCUGGAUAGCUAAACGGAGGACUCCCAAGAUUCAAGAAAAGUAUGAGGAAAUUGGAGGUGGUUCUCCUAUUGGGAAAUGGACUGACAUCCAGGGAAAGGAGUUGUGUAAGCGACUGGAUGCAGAAAGCCCCAAUACAGCUCCACACAAGCAUUAUAUUGGGUUCAGAUAUGCAGAUCCACUCACAGAGGACACCCUCAAUCAGAUGGAAAGGGAUGGGGUGCAGCAUGCAAUAGCCUUCAGCCAGUAUCCACAAUACAGCUGUGCCACAUCUGGAUCCAGCUUCAAUGCCAUCUUCAGGCACUAUCUCCAUAGAGAGACAAGGAUGCAAUGGAGUGUGAUAGACAGGUGGGGCUGGCAUCCUUUGCUGGCCAAGACUCAUGCCAACCUGAUUCGGUCCUCCCUGGAAACAGGAUUCCCAGAAAAAGACCGAAAGGAUGUCACCAUCCUCUUCUCAGCUCAUUCCCUUCCCCUUAAGGUA